CACUCUUCUUUCUCUCUCUAAAACGCCAUCUACCGCUUCAAAGUCCUACAAGAACCCAUUCCCUCCCUCGUUGCCUCCACUCUUCUCAAACUUCAAAGCACGCAAACUCUCAUAUCUCUUCACUCUUCCUUAAAAAAACAAAACACUCUCUUCACAUUCCUUCCCAACACACAAACCCUCUCUCUCUAACCAACAUGGCUAUUGAAAACCAAGACACCACUGUCAGGGAAAUCAAACCCAAAAACAGGAGAAUCAUGGGCGCUGGAGGACCUGAUGAUGAGGACAAUAGGUGGCCACCUUGGUUGAAGCCACUGCUGAAAGAAAGUUUCUUUGUUCAAUGCAAGUUACAUGCUGAUUCUCACAAGAGCGAAUGCAACAUGUAUUGUUUGGACUGUAUGAACGGCCCCCUCUGCUCUCUCUGCCUCGUCCACCACAGGGAUCACCGUGCAAUCCAGAUUAGGAGGUCUUCCUAUCAUGAUGUGAUCAGAGUUUCUGAGAUUCAGAAGGUGUUGGACAUCACUGGAGUCCAAACCUACAUUAUCAACAGCGCAAGGGUGGUGUUUUUGAACGAGAGGCCUCAACCAAGGCCAGGGAAAGGAGUCACAAACACUUGUGAAGUUUGCGAGCGUAGCCUUCUUGACUCUUACCGCUUCUGUUCUCUUGGUUGCAAGAUUGUUGGAACAUCCAAGAACUUCCAGAAGAAAAAGAAGCACCCAGCGGCAAUGUCAUCAGAUUCUGAAGACUCAUACAGCAGCAACAGCGCCCAUGGCAGGCAGAAAAACUUCAAAGUUCAGAGCUUCACACCUUCCACACCACCCCCAACUUCGGUUAAUUACAGAACAGCCAAGAGAAGAAAGGGAAUACCACACCGAGCCCCAAUGGGGGGACUAAUCAUAGAAUAUUAGAUAGUGGUAUUUUUGGGUUAUUUGCUAUAAUGCCCCUAGGUAUGAAAUAUACUAAUGCAAGUGUUUGGUGGUUCCAAUACUCGAGCCUUCCUCUUGCCGAUAUUGGAAGUGUCACAGUCCGUUUCUUACUUUCAUGCUUUCUGUAGUGGUUUCUAGUUUUGUAUAUAUAGAAAGUCCAAUAGAACUGGAAAAGGCUGAACCAAGUAGAAAAUAAGACACCUGUGAAAUAGUUGAUGGUGGUGUAGUGAUAAAAAAGAAUGGCGUGUAGCAAAGUAAUAAGCAAGGUUCUUUUCAACCUAGUUAAGAUUAUAGGUUUGGUUUCUAGAGUAAUUAUACUAAGUUUUGGGGUUCAGGAUGUAAAUAGUGAGGUUGGGGGAAGAGGACAAAUGAAAUGAUGACAAUGUACUCUUGGAAAAUAGGUGGUAUGUCAAUAAAAAAAUAAAGAUAUAUUAUAUUAUUACAAUUAUUUCUCUA